UAAUACCUUUGCAUUGUGAAUCGCAGUUUCUGCAAGUACCUUUAUCUAUUUAUUUAUUUAUUUAGAGGAAGCCAAGCUGUAUUUGUUGGUGGUUUUAAUUCAUGUCCACUAGGUGGCGGUAACGCACAGCUUUGCGCGGAGUGCCUAAACAUUAAAGAAGAAGACCAUCCUCCCAUGAUGCUCGCCAUUUUUCGCCCCGUCUGUUAUUCAUCCAGCAAGUCUUGUAGGGCUUUGUGCCAAAGUUGCACAUGUGUAUGUAAACAUCCUACAGUGGUAAACAAAUGGCCUUCGCUCUGCCGGUGUGGCUUGCGGUCCAGGACGAACUGCUCAGACAUGGCGAAGCAGACUGCGGGACUCCGAGCCGUUUCGACGAUUUCGACGACGAAGCUUUGUUCCAGAUGUUCCACCUCACCAGACCCUGCAUCGCCUUCAUAACCGAUGCCGUCCGCGCCCGCAUGAAGACGGUGACUUUGGAUAAACUUGGGCUGUCCGUGGACGCGAUGGUCAUGGUGGCAUUGAACUAUUACGCACACGGAGUCUCCUCCGCCGUGAUCCUGCAGAGAAUCGGUCUGAGGCAGACGGACUGCACCGCGAUCAUCGUUGGCACCGUGUCCGGUGUCAUCGCGGGGAUGUCCGAUCAGUUCGUCUCAUUCCCGCUGACUCCGGACGCCAAAGCUAAUGUCGCCGUAAAGACAGAGGAAUUGUGCGGGAUCCCCAGUGUGCUGGGCGUCCUGGCUCCAGCUCACUUCAAGAUCAGAGCCUCUCCUUAUGAGAAGAACACCUUCAGAUCUUUCGUCAACACCUUGGGCUACACGUCGGUCGUGAGCCAGAUCAUAUGCGACUCCGACGGCAACAUUCUCAGUGUUGAAAAAUGCUGCAUGGGCAGCACAUCAGAGCAGGAAAUGUGGGAGUCGUCUUUCAGAGGAAGGGAGAUAGAGAAGGACCUGCACGGACCGUUUUGGGUGAUUGGUGGGAAAGGCUACCACUUAAGCAAACAUGUCUUGACUCCUGUGUCAGAACCUGCAAAUGACAGUGAGAUUUGCUUCAACAAGGCCCACGCAAAGAUCCACGACGUCAUGCGGACAACACUGGGCUCCAUGAAGAGGCGUUUUAGGUGUCUGAUGCAACUUGGUUUUGCACAAGAAGCCUCUCUGAGCAAAAAGUCUAACAUUAUCAAAGCCUGUAGUGUCCUGCACAACAUCGCCAAGAAGUUCUCCGUCCCUCCCCCACCUGUGGCUGGUAAAAUUGAGGCCCUGCAUCCAGGCAAGCAGCAUUCAGCACCAGUAGAGAUCGACCCUGAGGCCCUAAAAGCCAGACAGAAACUCAUAGAAGAUAACUUCUCUUUUGUCUCGAGUAGUCAGGACUCAGGAGGUAACAACAUCACAGAGGACAAUGUGUGAGCAGAGUGGGCGUGCCAUCUCCUCUAGGAAGCAAGCAAAGAGGAUCACUGACAUUAAGGACAUGUUAAGGACAAACACUGGAACUAAAACCCAGCAUACAAUUCAAGGUUUAUUCACAGUUUGAGUCUAGUUGCUCUUCUGUUCAGUUUGACACCAGUCAAGUAACUGUGACAGCACAAUGGGUUUUUCAUCUUGACUUGGUUAAAAACACAUUCAGGUAUUUUUCUUACUACAAAAUAUAGUUUUUCUUGUACAGACAGAUAAUAAUGCUUUUCUACCUAUGUUUCUUAUUGUUAAUAAA